GUUUUUUAUUAUUUCAAAUAAUUUGAUUUUUACUAUAUUUUUUUAUAUCUAAUUUACAAAAUGAUAAAGUGUUUAUUGCCAAAAAGUGUCUUACAUUAAAAGUUUAUGUCUUAAUAGCUUUUUAAUACAAUAAAAUUUAAUAAAUCAAUUACUGUUAGAGAAGCUCUAAACACUGCUUUAGAUGAAGAAUUGUAAAAUGAUCCUAAAGUAUUUUUAAUAGGAGAGGAAUUAGGAAUAUAUUAAGGGGCAUAUAAAAUAACAAAAAAUUUAAUAUAAAAACAUGGCGCAGAAAGAAUAUGGGAUACUCCAAUAUCAGAAAUAGGUUUUACAGGAAUGGCUGUAGGCGCUUCAAUGCAUGGUUUAAAACCAGUAUUAGAAUUUAUGACAUGGAAUUUCGCUAUGUAAGCUAUUGAUCAUAUAAUAAAUAGUUCAGCAAAGCUUCAUUAUAUGAGUAAUGGUAUUUUAUCUAGUCCUAUUGUAUUUAGAGGAAUUAAUGGAGCUUCAGCAGCUGUAGCUGCUUAACAUUCUUAAUGUUUUGCUGCUUGGUUUUCAUCAGUACCUGGACUUAUAACUUUAGUUCCUUAUGACGCUGAAGAUGCACGUGGUUUAUUAAAGUCUGCUAUAAGAGAUCCUAAUCCUGUAGUAUUUUUAGAAAAUGAAAUCAUGUAUAAUCAAUAAUUUGAAGUAUCUGAUUAAGUUUUGGAUAAAGAUUUUGUUGUUCCUAUCGGAAAAGCUAAAAUUAUGAGAGAAGGAAAUGAUGUUACUCUUGUUUCUUUUUCUAGAGGUGUUAGCUAUUGCCUUGAAGCAGCUUAAUUACUUGCAAAAGAAAGUGUUUCUUGUGAAGUUAUUAAUUUAAGAACUGUUAGACCAUUAGAUAGAAAGACUAUAAUUGACUCAGUAAAAAAAACUCAUCAUCUUGUCGUUGUUGAAGAAGGAUGGCCUUAGUGUGGAAUUGGAUCUGAAAUUUGCGCUUUGCUUAUGGAAAGUUCUGCUUUUGAUUAACUUGAUGCACCUGUUGAAAGAAUAACUGGACUGGAUAUUCCUAUGCCUUAUGCUCCUAAUUUAGAAGCCAUGUGUUUACCUAAUUCUGGUAAUGUUGUUAAUGCUGUUAGAAAAUGUUUGAAUUUGAAAAAAUGAUUAUUUUUAUUUUUUUAUAUUUUAUUUAUUUGUUUACUUUUCUUUCCUAUUUGGAAUAUUGACGAAAAGUUUAUAUUUUAUUUAUUAAUAUAAACAAUAUUUUAUUUUUUUAGAUA